UGUGCCAGCGGUUCUCUUGCUUUUGUAGAUUUGGAGUUGGUGGGCCAACCCUUCAUUGGCCUUCAAAUACAUUAUUGCUCCACUCAAAAUCCAAUCUUCUUUCCUGGGCAGCCUAAAGAUUAGGUUGCUCUUCUGAUCUCAAACCUUCUUGAGAGAGAAAGAGAGAGAGAGAGAGUCAUGGCUGAGAAGCCUGAAGUUCUUGAUGCUGUGUUGAAGGAAACUGUGGAUUUGGAAAACAUACCCAUUGAAGAAGUGUUUGAGAAUCUGAGAUGCACUAAAGAUGGCCUUACUAGUCAGGCUGCCCAAGAGAGGUUGGACAUUUUUGGGCAUAAUAAGCUCGAGGAGAAGAAGGAAAGCAAGUUCCUGAAGUUCUUGGGGUUUAUGUGGAAUCCGCUCUCAUGGGUUAUGGAGGCUGCAGCCAUAAUGGCCAUUGCUCUUGCAAACGGAGGAGGAAAGCCCCCGGAUUGGCAGGACUUUGUGGGUAUCAUUACUUUGCUUGUCAUAAACUCCACUAUCAGUUUCAUUGAGGAGAACAAUGCGGGUAAUGCUGCAGCAGCUCUCAUGGCUCGCCUCGCUCCAAAGGCCAAGGUCCUUCGAGAUGGAAGAUGGAGUGAGGAAGAUGCUUCUAUUUUGGUACCUGGUGACAUUAUCAGUGUCAAACUUGGAGAUAUAAUUCCUGCAGAUGCUCGUCUACUUGAUGGCGAUCCAUUGAAAAUUGAUCAGUCCGCUUUGACCGGUGAAUCUCUUCCUGUAACUAAGGGUCCUGGAGAUGGUAUAUACUCUGGUUCUACUUGUAAACAGGGAGAGAUAGAAGCUGUGGUCAUUGCCACAGGGGUUCAUACCUUUUUUGGAAAGGCUGCACACCUUGUUGACUCUACUAACCAAGUCGGUCACUUCCAAAAGGUUUUGACUGCAAUUGGAAACUUUUGCAUUUGCUCUAUCGCUGUGGGCAUGGUUAUAGAGAUCGUUGUCAUGUAUCCUAUUCAACAUCGGGAGUACCGUCCUGGAAUUGACAAUCUUCUUGUACUUCUUAUCGGUGGAAUUCCGAUUGCCAUGCCAACUGUCCUCUCAGUUACAAUGGCAAUUGGUUCCCAUCGUCUUGCUCAACAGGGAGCUAUUACGAAGAGAAUGACAGCUAUUGAGGAGAUGGCUGGAAUGGACGUGCUUUGUAGUGACAAGACAGGAACUCUGACCUUGAACAAGCUCACUGUUGACAAGAAUCUUAUUGAGAUCUUUGCCAAAGGAGUCGAUCCAGAUACUGUUGUUCUAAUGGCAGCCCGUGCCUCUCGAACAGAAAACCAAGAUGCAAUCGAUGGUGCUAUUGUUAAUAUGCUGGCUGAUCCAAAGGAGGCACGUGCUGGUAUUCAAGAACUCCACUUCCUUCCUUUCAACCCCACCGACAAGCGGACAGCACUUACAUAUCUCGAUGGUCAAGGAAAAAUGCACAGGGUCAGUAAAGGUGCACCGGAGCAGAUUUUAAAUCUCGUGCACAACAAGUCAGAAAUAGAGCGCAGGGUUCAUGCUGUGAUCGAUAAGUUUGCAGAGCGUGGGCUACGGUCUCUUGGUGUAGCUUAUCAGGAAGUUCCAGAUGGAAGGAAAGAGAGUGCGGGGGGACCCUGGCAAUUCAUUGGUCUUAUGCCUUUGUUUGAUCCUCCUCGGCAUGACAGUGCAGAGACCAUUAGGAGGGCUCUAAAUCUUGGAGUAAAUGUUAAAAUGAUUACCGGGGAUCAACUGGCUAUUGGUAAAGAAACUGGGCGGCGUUUGGGAAUGGGAACAAAUAUGUAUCCUUCAUCAGCUUUGUUGGGACAGGAUAAGGAUGAAUCCAUUGCUGCUUUACCGGUUGAUGAACUUAUUGAGAAGGCUGAUGGUUUUGCCGGUGUUUUCCCAGAGCACAAAUAUGAGAUCGUGAAGCGCUUACAAGCAAGAAAACACAUCUGUGGAAUGACUGGUGAUGGUGUGAAUGAUGCUCCGGCUUUGAAGAAGGCCGAUAUAGGAAUCGCUGUUGCUGAUGCCACUGAUGCGGCCCGCAGUGCUUCUGAUAUCGUUCUUACUGAACCCGGUCUCAGUGUCAUAAUCAGUGCUGUUUUGACCAGUCGAGCUAUCUUUCAGAGAAUGAAAAACUACACGAUUUAUGCAGUUUCUAUCACAAUUCGUAUAGUGCUUGGCUUCAUGCUGCUGGCCCUGAUUUGGAAUUUUGAUUUUCCGCCUUUCAUGGUGCUUAUCAUUGCAAUUCUGAACGAUGGUACCAUUAUGACUAUUUCCAAAGAUAGGGUGAAACCGUCUCCGCUUCCCGACAGUUGGAAGCUUGCUGAGAUAUUUGCUACUGGAAUUAUUCUUGGCGGUUACUUGGCAAUGAUGACAGUCAUAUUUUUUUGGGCAGCCUACAAAACGGACUUUUUCCCGAGACACUUUGGUGUAUCUACACUUGAGAAGACGGCCCAUGAUGACUUCAGGAAGCUUGCAUCUGCGAUCUACCUUCAAGUGAGCACUAUCAGCCAGGCCCUGAUAUUUGUCACGAGAUCGCGUAGUUGGUCAUUUGUUGAGCGUCCCGGGGUGUUUCUUAUGGUUGCUUUUGUGAUUGCUCAACUGGUUGCGACCCUUAUUGCUGUGUAUGCAAAUUGGAGUUUCGCGGCUAUUGAAGGAAUAGGCUGGGGAUGGGCUGGUGUUAUCUGGCUUUAUAAUCUCGUGUGCUAUUUCCCGCUUGAUUUGAUAAAGUUCUUCACCCGCUAUGCUCUUAGUGGCAAGGCCUGGGAUUUGGUUCUUGAACAAAGGAUUGCUUUUACCCGGAAGAAAGACUUUGGUAAAGAACAACGUGAACUACAAUGGGCGCAUGCACAGAGAACUCUUCACGGGCUCCAAGUUCCAGACACCAAACUGUUCAGCGAAGCAACCAACUUCAACGACCUUAAUCAGCUGGCCGAGGAAGCAAAGAGGAGAGCUGAAAUUGCGAGGUUGCGGGAGUUGCAUACACUGAAGGGCCACGUGGAAUCGGUGGUGAAAUUGAAAGGUCUCGACAUAGAGACGAUUCAGCAAGCGUACACUGUUUGAGGAGGAGGAGGGCGAAGAUGUAGUCGAUUUGACGGGAGCGGUUUAACUGGGGUAGUGCAGUGCUUGGCAUGGUAAAAAUAAUCUCACUACUACUACCCUACCAUCAGUUGUUUUGCCUUGAUGAGGAAAGCCUUCUUACUGGGGGUGGGCUAUGUUUUUGGCCUUACAGAGGUUGUGCAUUUAUUAGAUCAUUUAUGUUCCUUCAUUUUCCUUUUCAAUUUCUCAAAUACUUGUGCUGAAAAGGGAAACAAAUGACGUUAUUAUAUUUAUACCCAAGUUUAUAUUGUCAAUAUAUUCCUUCCUAGUUCCUAAUCUCCACA